UAAGAAAAACAAGAUAAUACUAUAUUCCAAUUCUUUCCUCCGCUAUACGCGGUGUGAACACGCCAUUUCCUUAUAAUUUGCUUCCGGACCAAAUGGCCCCUUUCUUUUAAAAGAUUUCCCAUGUUGCCCCAGAGUAUCAUGCAGCAAAUCUUUCCACGCCGUUGACCUUCAUCCUUCCGAAAAAACUGCCCAGCACCGCCGAUGGGUGACGAAGAUUCUGAAUCAACAACAACUCUACUGAUUCCCUCAUCCGAUCCAAAUAAUAUCCCCAAGGACUCAUUCCACAUAGCCUAUGUAAUCUACUUCUUCCUCGGCUCAGGUUACGUUCUCCCAUGGAACGUCUUCAUCACAGCCGUUGACUACUUCACCUUCCUUUAUCCAACGGUCUCAGUUGAUCGUACUUUCGCUAUCGUAAACAUGACACUCAGUUUGGUUUGUCUGCUAUUCAUAGUUGGUUUUGCUAAUAAGUCGAGUUGCUUUGUGAGAAUUAAUGUUGGGAUGUUUCUGUAUGUGGUGGCUUUGGUCAUGGUUCCUUUGAUGGAUUUUUGGUAUGUUAAGGGCAGAGUUGGAGUUUAUGGUGGGUUCUAUGUUACGGUGGGGCUUGUUGGGCUUUCUGGGGCUGCGAAUGGGUUGGUUCAAGGUGGGGUAAUUGGGUCCGCCGGAGAGUUGCCAGAUAGGUACAUUCAGGCUACUCUAGCAGGAACUGCUGCUUCAGGUGUCCUUGUUUCGUUGCUUAGAAUUUUCACAAAAGCUGUUUACCCACAAGAUGCAGAUGGGCUGAGAAAAAGUGCAAACCUUUAUUUUAUUGUCAGCAUUGCUAUGAUGAUCUUGUGCAUUAUUCUUUAUAAUGUGGCACACAGGCUUCCAGUUAUUAAAUACACUGAUCUUAAAACUCGGACAAUGAACGAGGAGAAGUAUGGCCUAACGAGAGGACUAUGGAGAUCGACCUUGUGGGACAUUGUUGGGACGGUAAAAUGGUAUGGCUUUGGAAUCCUAAGCAUUUAUAUGGUCACUUUGUGCAUAUUUCCAGGAUAUAUUACAGAGGACGUGCACUCUCAGCUUCUGAAGGAUUGGUAUCCGAUCCUGUUGAUUACUGGCUACAAUGUUUUUGAUCUGGUUGGGAAGUCUCUUACUUCUAUAUGUUUUCUCGGAAAUGCUGAGGUUGCAGUUGGUGCUUGCUAUUCGAGGUUGUUGUUUUUGCCUCUAUUCUAUGGUUGUUUGCAUGGGCCCAAAUUCUUCAGGACAGAGCUUCCAGUUACUAUACUAACUUGUCUUUUGGGGCUAACUAAUGGCUACCUUACUAGUGUGUUAAUGAUGUUGGGUUCAAAAACUGUCCGGCUGCAACAUGCAGAGGUAGCUGGGACUGUGCUUGUUUUGUUCUUAAUAUUUGGUCUGACAAUUGGUUCUGUUAUAUCAUGGCUAUGGGCUAUUUAGUUUGUUGGCGACUUGUUAACAUUAGUUCCACCGAAUACAUUGUCAAUAUUCAUACGCCACGUCAAAGUUUGCAUACACAUUAUCCUCCUCAGAAUUCAUUUGUGGUAUUACACUUGUGUUGUUAUUGUGGGCAUUCCAUUAUUAGAUAUGUGCCCUGAUGUAUGUCCUUUACUUA